CGCGGCCGGUACGCUCCCUUCCAUAACUGCCCUCACCUCCCCGGCUGCCUGCUGCCUGCUGCCGUGCUACGGUGCCACCACCACCGCCACCGUCCACCGUCCCCUCGCUCUAUAAAAGCUCAGCCCGGGCAGGGCAGUUUCUCCUCCCCAAAUAUCUCGCCCCUUCUUCAACAGCUUCACCUCUCCCUCUCUAGCACAGGGAAAAGUGCCGAGAAGAAGCUGGGCAGGGCAGUAGCGAUGGCUGCCAAGGCCGUCUCCUUCCUGAUGCUCGUGCUUCUGCUCCUCGGCGUCGCCUUCCCCGUGGAGGUGGAGGCCGGCGGCAAUGGCAGAGGCAACGGCAACGGCAACGGCGGUGGCAGCGGCAACGGGAACGGCUACGGCAGGGGCAACCUGAAGCCGUGGGAGUGCUCGUCCAAGUGCGCGUCGCGGUGCUCCCAGACGCAGUACCACAAGGCCUGCAUCACCUUCUGCAACAAGUGCUGCGCCACCUGCCUCUGCGUGCCCCCCGGGUUCUACGGCAACAAGGGCGCCUGCCCCUGCUACAACAACUGGAAGACCAAGGAAGGAGGGCCCAAGUGCCCCUAGAUCAGGAUGAGAUCAUUCAGAUCCCCGCCGGCAUUGCUACCCGCAGCUGGCCGGCUUACUGAUCCGUGCAUUGUUCGUGAUCUGUUUCUCCCCCAGUAGUUGUUAGUGAUGCAACAUUUGCUGAAUCUGGGAUGCUAUCAAGCAGAUCUGGAUGCUGCAUCAUGCGCUAGUGCUACUGUUAAUUUGUGAGGCAUUAAGAAAGAACAAGUCGGGGAGAGUGAGGAUUCCUAAGUUUCAAAAAAAAAAAGAGUGAGGAUUCCUAGGUAGGGUCUACCAUGUGCUGAUGUGCAUCCCCCUCCUUAAGCAGUGGUCCUACUCUAUUACUAGGACUUAAUUAAAAUUAUCCUCCGGGCCUAGUUGCCUAAUGAUGGAAAUCCCAGACCAUUAGUGGGGCCAGUCAGAACUGAUGUCCUUGCUAUUUGCAGUCGUAGACUGCCAGUUGUAGGCCAUUUGCCUAAUUUUGGAGUUCCAAAAUUACUGUAGCGUUUUGUUUAUAUUGGUGAA